CUUUUGCCCGAUUCGGACGCAUUUUUAAGUGCGCGUGUGAGAGAAUUUCCCGUCGAAUUUAACUAUUCGGACGUGUUUUCCGGUUCCGGUUGGAAAAUAGAACGCUUACGGUGACCGUGCUUCCUUCGCCAGCACGAUAAAUCGGUUGCGGUGGCCUUGCAGUGGCAGUUGUGCGUCGUUUGAGAGAAAGUGCCGCGGGGGACGUCCAACCAGAGCGUCCGAUCGAGGUGUUUAGGGAAACGAGGCGAAGCGCUUACCAAAACAGAAAGUGUCAAGUAGGAGAAAAGUCCGAAAAAGGCCGGAGAUCGGAGAAAUUCCCUGGCGAAAAAGUGCGUAGUGGUGUUGCACCGGGUAAAAGUGCAGCAAGGCGUGAAAGCAGUCCAAGACGGGCGUGCCUGAUAGAUAGAAAGGGCUGCAUAGGGGCGGAUAGAAAGCACGGCGAAGCACCAGCAUGAUCCACGUAGGUGACAAUACCUGGAACCUGAAGGUCUACAUCACCGACCUUCAGGUGCAAAAAACGUUGCGCGUCCGGGGAGAUUUGCACAUCGGCGGCGUUAUGCUGAGGCUCGUCGAUCCAGAAAACCCGAAAGAUUGGUCGGACCAUGCACUGUGGUGGCCGGUCCGAAACCAGUGGCUGACGCGGACGAAGUCAACCCUCGACCAGGUGGGCCUACACGCCGAUGCGCUGCUACACUUCACACCGAUGCAUAAAACGUUGCGCGUUCAGAUGCCAGACCUGCGUUAUCUCGACUGUCGGGUGGAUUUCUCGAUCAAAACAUUCGGUGCCGUGGUGGCGCUUUGUAAAGACCUUGGUAUCAGACAUCCGGAGGAGCUGUCGCUUUGCAAACCGCUUGAGCCUAUGCAUUUGAAGAAAAAUUACGCCGAUCUGGCGAAGAAGAAGAUACCGAUCGAGCAGAAUGGCAAUGGGCGCGAGUACAUACAGCCGGCGGCCGAUACGAACACCUUUAUCCCGGUGACGUCCCACAACCUGAACGGCAGCAACGGCAGCCUCGAUGGUCCGAUGAAUCAUGGACCGUUCUCUUGUGCUCCGGUUCCAAAUUCGAACUUCACGGCCUCGAAACCAGCGCUCCAGAGUACGCCCAUCAGUUCACCGACCGGGACUCUCCGACACGGCCACACGAGUUCGGGCUUCAGUGAGUCAUCGUCCAGUAUUGGUGAUCCGACCGAUAACCUAGCGUACAGUCCGUGCGCUCCCAGCCCGGAAGCUCGAUCCCGGUUGCUGAAACCGAAGUCGCUCGUCGAGCGUGCCCGAAUGAACAUUGGCUGGCUCGAUUCGUCCCUGUCCAUCAUGGAGCAAGGCAUCCGGGAGUUCGAGACGCUCUGUUUGCGUUUCAAGUACUAUACGUUCUUUGACCUGAACCCGAAGUACGAUCAGGUGCGCAUCAACCAGCUGUACGAGCAGGCCAAGUGGCAGCUGUUGAACGAGGAGAUCGAUUGCACCGAAGAGGAGAUGCUGAUGUUCGGGGCGUUGCAGCUGCAGGUUAAUCUGCAGAACGAAGUGCCGCAACCGGACUCCGGAAUCGAUACCUCCAGCCUCGACAAUGCCGCCGAUGACGACGUCGACGCCGCACUUCGCGAGCUUCAGAUAACCCUCGAGGGACCAAGCAACGGUGUUAAUGCCGGCGACAUUACGCAUAUUCCCGAGCUUACCGAUUAUCUGCGGUUUUUAAAACCCAAAAAGUUCACGCUCAAAGGAUACAAACGUUACUGGUUCACGUACAAGGAUCUACAUUUGCAUCUCUACAAAUCGCGAGAGGAUGCGCGUGCGAAUAGCACCCCGCAGGUGACGAUCAAUUUGCGUGGGUGCGAAGUAACGCCGGAGGUAAACUUGGCGCAGAAAAAGUUCAACAUUAAACUGGAGGUGCCGCUGGAGCAGAGCAUCAACAGCGAGAUGUGGAUCCGGUGUGACAACGAGGAACAGUACGCUAAAUGGAUGGCCGCUUGCCGGUUGGCGUCGAAGGGUCGGUCGUUGGCGGAUAGUUCGUACGACAGUGAGGUCGCAAGCAUCCGGUCUUUCCUUAGCAUGCAAAAACCGGCCCAAGCGCCCGCCAUUAACAUCAACCCGAGCGCUAUGGACCCGAACGAGUACCUGGCGCCAAGGUACGCGAAGAAGCUGAAGAGCAAAUCCGUGAUGCGCAUGCUGGAAGCGCACGCCAACGUGAAAGAUUUGCCGCUGAUCGAGGCGAAACUGAGCUACAUCCGGGCGUGGCAGAGUCUGCCCGAGUUUGGUGUGACACUGUUCGUGAUCAAGUUCGACGGACACAAGAAGGAAGAGCUGCUCGGUGUGGCCAGCAACCGUAUCAUGAAGAUGGACAUCACGACGGGCGAUCAUUUGAAAACGUGGCGUUAUAAUACGAUGAAGGCUUGGAACGUUAACUGGGAGAUCCGAUGCAUGAUGGUACAGUUCCAGGGCGAAAGUGUGGUAUUCUCCUGUUUGUCGGCCGAUUGUAAAGUCGUACAUGAGUUCAUCGGGGGCUACAUUUUCAUGUCAAUGCGAUCGAAGGAAACCAACCAAACGCUCAACGAGGAACUUUUCCACAAACUCACGGGUGGAUGGAACUAGAUCCAUUUGAACACGCAGUUGCGCACACGCUCGAUCGUCCCAUCCUUACUUAAUACUGUCCAUCACGGCCCAGGAAGGGACUAACCAAAAAAGCGAACCAGCACAAAGCGAGCGAUGCCCUUUUCACCUUGUGUCCAUUUAGUCGAACAAUGAUUGCGCCAGAGUAUACUACUUUGCACGUGUAAAGUUUUGAUUUUGUCUUUGAUAAAUGUAAUGUUUUAUUAUUUUGUAACCAUUGUUGUACAUAACACAGACCUAGCGGAAGUUGUUUCAAGUGAGCUCCCAUGUGACCCUUAUCGAAGAGUACCAAUUCUUUCCCACGUUCGUUGUCCUGUAUGCAAUAAUGCUUUUUAUAGAAAAAAACAAAACCUAUUCUGUAACGUAGCAGAAACAAAACCAAUUUAGGCCACGGAGCCCACUCGAGGUCGGAUAAUGCACGGUUAGGGUGAAAUUUCUAACUGAACAUCCUUUUCAUAUCCUAAAGUACUUGUUAGGGACUAACUGAAUAACGCAAACCGUAUGCCUUAUUAAUAAUAGUUAGACGUACACGGUGGUAUUUACUCGGUUCUGAAGGUGCAUGAACGAGAUAUGGCCCUCGGAAGUAGAUUAAGGUGACGAAACGCGCGUGGUAGGAGUUGACUUACGACAAUCGUACAAUAGCUGCUGGCGGGACGUGGAAAGCGCUUCGUUUAAGCAGCACCUAAAGUGUCCAAAACAAGGUGCCUCUAUUUGAAACUGGAAUUCAAUUGCACGUGUUAAUAAGCAAAUGUUAUUAGCGAACGCCUGAAUGGAGUGUUUUCGUCAGGUCGUUUCGCCCAUCGUUUUCUACUUAGCUGUUUGUAAUUUUAACCGACGCUAGUUAACAAAUGAAAACAUUGAACCUUAACGUGAAAUGACCCGAACGUAACUGUAAUGUUAUACAAACUAUUUAAUUCUCUUCCGUCGGUGUGAUAUGUGAAGAAGUUGCUUUUCUUUCUUUAGAAAAUGAUUUUUUAAACGCACCGGCACCUACUAAUUUCUGUGUUACUGUCUGGUUGGCGUAAAAGCAAUACGAUGAUCAUUUAUUUUCCCUAAAGAAAACAUUUUAGAACUAAUUUUAGCGUUGUACUGAUACAAUAAAUUCGAUU